GGCAUUGAAAAACAUCCUGUCUUGGUAUUUGAUGCAGUUAAACACACUCAAGCUUAUCUGUGCCAGGUCAAGUGACGAAUUUUGAGGGAGUUCACCUCACGUAAAAUUUGCAUUACAUAGUCAAAGUUGUCAAGUUUGUGUCUCGAACUGAUAAUUCCUGUUCAUUGGCGACCGCUACUGGAUUAUCCUUGUUGUGUUGUGUCUAAUUCGUGUUACCUAUUCGAUAUAGUUGAGGGUCAUUAAUCAUGACGGCGUAUGCUACCAGCAUACCUGCCAUAGAUCCCAGUAUGGGACAACUGGUUGAGUUACCGAUAGACCAAGCAGGUGCAUACGUCAUUCAAGAUGCAAGUGGUGGUCAAAUUCAACUGAGCAGUAUCCAAGGUGGCAAAAGUUUACUGAAGCCUGAAUUAGCCCAACACUUAAACCAGCAUACUGGCUAUAAAACAAAUGUUAGUCGUGGAGGAUUUACGGCAGGAAAUAAUGAUGCUCGCUGGGUUUCCCUCAAUGCAAAUCGCGGAUCACGCAGUAUCACCAGUCGGAAGCCUGUAAACCCAGGUACUUCUGUUGGGCAGUCAGGGGGACUAGGUGGGCUUCAAUCCACUGUGUUGACACCCUCAGCCUCGGGUCUGCUGUCUCUAGGUACUCGUUAUACACCGUCCUCUGCAACUGUAUUUGGCACGACAGGAGGUUCAAUGUCCGGAAUAAACCAAGGAAUAACUGGUUCAGGAGCUACAAUGAUAAAUCCGGCUACAGCAUCAGGAAAUAUGGUUUCAGCCGGCGUGGGUGGGAUGGGUAUGGAUCGGGACUCCGGAUUUCGUUUGUCUGCUGCUAUUGCAGGCACUAGUGGUCGAGGUCGACCAAGAGGUCGAAGACCUUUAAGAGGACAGUUUCCCGUCGUUCCAAUCGAUAUGGUUCGUCAACUGGGUAUUGAACAACAAGUCAUUUUACAGCCAGCUGCCCCAGUCGCUAUGCGCAAUAAAGCCGUGCUAUGUCGACCUCUUUCUAUGUGUCGUAAAACUCAAGCGAAUGCAACAACACCACACGAAAAUUUGUCACAACGCACUGUAGCUAUGCAAACAGAUAAACUUCCAGUUACAAUAGGAUUAAACAAUAAUAGGUCAUCCUCUUGCAAAGAAAUUCAAACUCAGACUGUUGAUAAUUUAAUGAAAUCGGAUGACAGUGACGAUGAUGACGAUGAAGAUAUGGUGCCGGUGGCUGAAGCUGAAGAUGAUCAACUGUUGAUCAAAUCUGAUAGUCGACCAAGUCAUAGUUGUGUUGAAACAUCAACUGCUGACGACAUAGUUUUUGUGGAUUCUGAAAUUCAAACAGAUCCUAUUGAUGAGGAUGAAUCGAAGAAAAUUCCACUCUUUUUACCCAUACCUGUUCCUGUCCCAAUCUAUGUACCGUUUCCUGUGUGUCUGUAUGCAAGACCAGUACCAUAUGCAAUCCCUUAUCCACUACCAUGCCCGGUUCCAAUUCCACUUGUUUUCGAUGCGACUCCAGAGGCUCCAUGUGUUGAAGAUCAUGGACAACAAGUUGAUCUAAUGCCUCAAAGGACACUUAUCGAGUCUUCGACAAAACUAGUUACCCAUGAUUCACCAACAAGUGAUAGCCAAGCAAACGUUCAUAGUGAAGAUUCAGAACCUGAUCAGUCGACAUAUUAUCCAAGUGCAUUGACAAUGUCAACUGAUGAAGGGGAUACUGAGGUUGCUGAAGAGCGAGAUCAUAUCAGAAGGGAAAAUGUAUCUAGCCUUAAACGUCCCGCUCCAGAAGAGUCUUCAUCUUCAGACUCAUGGACUUCAGAGUCAGCUACUGCUCAACCCAAAGAAAAUAACGCACCAUGUCACCAACAAGGACAGAAACCAACCAUGAGUCAUUCUAGCAGUGAGGAAACCGAUAAUGUAUCUCAUCGUCCUCCUAAACGACCACGUCAAACACUAAUACCGGUGCUUACAUCUGAUGCCAACUACCACUUGAAAUUCUCAUAUGGGAUCAAUGCAUGGCGUCAUUGGAUUCAACAAAAAUCAGCGUCUGCAUCUACUGACAAAUCUAGAACUACUUCAAUGCAACAGUAUUCACAUUUAUACGCUGACUUAUUAAAUAUGAGUGACGAAGAUCUUAACAUUGCAUUGAGUCAAUUUGUUCGUGAGGUUCGUAAACCAAAUAAUGAAUGUUAUGUCGCUGAUUCCAUUUUCUACUUAUGCCUAGGUAAGUAUUGACAUGCGACAGCACCUUUUGUUCAUUCAUUACAUGGCGGUUGUUGUUGUUGGUUUUACCCUAAGAUUAAUGAUAUGAAAAUCUAACCAGUAACUGUUGGUUCAGUAGUUGUAAAGCCUUUAGUGUAUGGUAAAGAAAUUGGUGGAAUUGUCAUUUUGCACCAACUGAAGUAUAUCCAAUCAUAUACUGGGCGUGCACUCAACUUGAAGUAAAUAGUUAUCGUAAGCCACCAGUUCUUAAGCAUUCAUCCUAAAAGUUACGUUAUCACAGUAACGGGUUACCGAAGCAGUUUUACACUCGUAUGUUCCUGAUCUUGAAUUCCAUAUCAACCAUUACUUCGAAGUCAGAUUUCUUAGCUAGUUACUAAUCUUUCCUACUGGAUACAUUCAUUUUUUAACACUGAUCUCUGCUCUUUAGCUUGAGCCCUCAACUUCAAAGAAAUGGGUCGCAGAUGUCAGCCCCAUUCUACCUUUAUCCUGGGGAACUGGGUUGUAUUAUGAGUUCUUAUUAUAAUGAGCGUGGCUCAUGGCCAAAUCAUAUUAACCUUGUAUUGGGUAGAGUCUAGUUAUUUUCAAUUGUACAGAGGCUUUCGCUACUCAGUGUUAGAUACUAUCACUUUUUGGAAGGAAAAGUAACGGAUGGCCGUAUAUAGCAGAAGAUGAACCCUGUCUACCACUGACAUUUAUUUCUAACCCCAUUGAAUUAAAUGUAAUACAUAUGUAUAUGAUAUUACGCCCCUGAAAACUAUAUCCUAAUAUUCAGUAUGUGUCGACCACUUCACUUGCUUGGGAAGUUGCAUCAACCCGGACGGGUUGGUUGCUGACGAAAUCUCAGCUCGAAUACAGAAGGACCUUUUGGCAUUUGCCGCUUUGCGUCACCUGUGGCGCUGAUGAGAUAUCUGACUAUCUAUCAGACGACGAGUAUACUGUGCUGCAGUUCGUUCUGUCCUCUUGUAUGGAUGUGAGACAUGACCGUUAGAAGUAGAAGGCAUGAAACGGUUACAUGCGUUUGAUCAUAGGUGUCUGUAGCAUUGCUUGCGUGUGGCGGAAUCACCAUGUGAAUAAUGCUGAGAUCAGGCGAAGGGUACAAGGCGUGACAGGUAAGUCGACUGAUAAGUUCGUGAUGGCUUGACCAUGUACUGAGCAUGCCGAGCCACCGCCUACCUUGACAUGCAAGCCUAGGGGAAACUGGAUUAGUUAGAAGAGGGUUCAGGGUGACCAAGACCUGGCUCCAGUCGAUGAAUUCUCUUACUGUUGGUCUGGGCCGUAUUGGGAGAUGUAGACUACCUGGCUGAGGUCCCCGAAACGACAAGAAUCAGUGGUUGAAAAUUGUCGGUGAUAUGGCUGAAAGUCGGUCACAAUGGCGCAGAUAUAUUUAUUCCUUGAUAUCUUCUAAAACUUGAAUACUCUUCACUGACCUUUAUCCUCAGAUUGUUUGUUCUCUCACAAUACUUUGUCUUUUUGAUAUCACUCUUUGUCUAUCCACGUGUUCUUUGUGUACUACUGUGAAGUGUGGUAACUUGAGCCUAUGCACCUGUGUGCGAGGUUCUGCGUUGUCAGUAGGUCGCCAGUAUUCGGCAGACAACCACGUUAUUAAAAAAAAUUCUAUUUCCGACAAAAUACCUAUUUAUCAAAUAUUUUGACUACUCCGACUUUAUUUCGCUGUAAUAAUCAGUUGAGUAUCUCUUAUUUUUAUGAAUACUUUUGUUCUCAAGGUAUCCAAGAGUAUCUUAAUGAAAAUGGGCGUAUUGUUAAUCUGUUCGGAGAUCCGGCGUUUACUAGCCUAUCUCGAGCUUUGAAUGAAAUAUUGGCUAAUUUUCAACCUCGUAUAAGCCCAGAAGGUCUCCUUAUCUGCCGUAUAGAAGAAGAGCAUUUGUGGGAGGCAAAACAGUUAGGCUCCCAGUCAGCUGAGAUUUUACUUUUUACAAUGCUGUAUUAUAACACUAAACAUAUCGGUUUGCGCCUUGGUACAAUCCAUCGACAGUUGGCAUUCUCACAAUUCCAAAUAACUGAAUCAGCUGUCCUUUGUCAUCUGCCGGGUCAUAUGUUUGGAGAACCGGAUGAUUCUGUUACUACCUUGAGAUUAGAUGCAAAUCCUCAUCAUCCACAACGAUGUCCUGUCCUACUGUAUAAGGCCUACUUUUCCCACUGUCCCCCGGAAUUGCUCGACUCCGACAGUAUCUUUUACUUGAAUCCACUUUAUCCACCAAGAACAAAUUUAUGGUUUUCAAAUGAACCUGUUCGAUCGCCUGAAUUGCAGGUAAUACUUAAUCGAAUUAAAAUGGUGAAAGAAAUUCAAGAAGCAUUUAUGAAUAGUCAACCAGAUGGAGGAUUUUAAUUAAUAUAAUAUAUCAUCGAAAUUUGUGUAUUUUGAUUAAACCGUUUUUUUUCUCCUCUCAGUCGAUUCUCCAACGACCCCCCUUAUUCUCCAUUUUACAUGACCGAGAUAAUAAAAUUAUGAAAAUAUGCCAUAUUCAGUUAUCCUUUUUCAUCUUAUUAUUCUUUAUAUCGUAAUUAUUCCUCACUUGUAUAAACUAAUUGUGAAAAUAAAUUUUUUAUUGUUUU